CAGGUGGAACAGGAGGAACAGGAGGAACAGGUGGAACAGUUGGUACAGGUGGAACAGGUGGAACAGGAGGAACAGGUGGAACAGGAGGAACAGGAGGAACAGGUGGAACAGUUGGUACAGUUGGAACAGGUGGAACAGGUGGAACAGGUGGAACAGGAGAAACAGGUGGAACAGUUGGUACAGGUGGAACAGGUGGAACAGUUGGUACAGGUGGAACAGUUGGUACAGUUGGUACAGGUGGAACAGUUGGUCAGGUGGAACAGUUGGUCAGGUGGAACAGGUGGAACAGGAGGAACAGGUGGAACAGUUGGUACAGGUGGAACAGGUGGAACAGUUGGUACAGGUGGAACAGUUGGUCAGGUGGAACAGGAGGAACAGGAGGAACAGGUGGAACAGUUGGUACAGGUGGAACAGGUGGAACAGGAGGAACAGGUGGAACAGGAGGAACAGGAGGAACAGGUGGAACAGUUGGUACAGUUGGAACAGGUGGAACAGGUGGAACAGGUGGAACAGGAGGAACAGGUGGAACAG